UCCGUCAAAGCAUUCAUCAGACAAACAACAAACAGCAUGUCCGAUUCACGUAGAUGGUGUAUGCUGCGGGUCCAAUGAUGAAACUGCCCAACGAAUAUAUAAAAUGUAGGCGGCGAUCUGAGCAGAGAGGACGACCAAUGAAAUGAUGUCAAAUCGGUAGGCUGAGACAUCCUCGUUUUGCACUUGUUGUGUGCUUCGAUGGUUGUCCAGCAUGCUGUUUCCUUGCCGCAGCUGGUAUAUGGUGGCCGCCUGGCUGUGGCAAAUGCUCGAUUUCUCGUAUGCAGCGCACCACGAGCAAUCUAUGUGUAUCCCAUCAGCUCCUCUACCAUAAGUGUCGUGUCCGACAGCUUGAGGCGGCCCAGCCCCAUCCUUAGCCUGUACGUACGGCAGGUCUCGAUGGCAUGUUCCAGCAGGUCGUCGCCCGGUUGGAGCGGGUGUGCUGCCAGCAGGCUGAUCGAGGAAUGAAUUCAUCACAUGCAGAUGCCUGGUGCAUGGUUGGUGGGUGUGAUUGGUGUGCUGCGUGGUUUACUUGGCGAGGAUGUGCUGCAGCUCCUGGUCGGUGAAGUCGUAUGGCACCGUGAUGACGAUGGCGGCCGUCCGCAGCCCGAAGAGAGCGCACGAGGCCCAUGCAGUGCUGCGGGUGGCUGUACAGGUAGGCCUCGGACUGCACCAGAAAACACGUCUGGCGCCUGCAUUCACAUCGCACACCACACACACAUACACAUUCGUGUCGUGUCUCGUGAGCUCACGGGUGGCAGGCGGCACCGAUCCAGGGAGAAAGUCGUCCACCUUCUUGCCGUCAGCCACUGGGACUUUCGACAAGUACGUGUUGUAAUGGCGUUCGCAUGUGUACCAACGACCCUGCUCGGCCAUGACGAUACACCUGUGCCUGAUGAAAACCAACACAACACAACGAAUGAAAAUGAGUGCACGAGCACAUGAGGGCAUGAACCUGGGCGACAUAUUCGGCGUCGGCAGUGCUGUGGUUGAUCAGUGCGUGACUGAUCUGGCUGCGCGCUGGUGUGACGGCGCUUGAGAUGCCCAUGCCCAUGCCCUUGGCCACACCGACCAUAUCACAAACAAGUAUGGGAGCCUUAGCUAUUCGCCCGCCCAUGGCCGCCUUAUGGGAACGGAUGCGACAGGCGACUCCACAGAACCAACUAAACACACACACGACCCACACAAC